UGUCCGAAAGGGAUGGGUGUUGUUUGAACUGCGUGUUUCCACGAUGCUAUAUACAUUUGGAGACGUUUCACCUUAAACCUGAAUACGAUAUAAUGUGUUAUGCCGUCGAAUGAUCACAAAUUGUAGACAAGUAGACGCAAUGGAUCCCCAUUUUUUGUUGUGUUAAGUGGUUCCUUUAUUCUUUAUUCGUUCUUUACUGAAGAGUUUCGAUUUCGUUUACGGCACGGCCUUCGGUGCUGCAAACUCCCCUUUUAAAAAUAGAACACGUGCGUUUUUAUACUGCCGGAUAUUCAUAUUCUGUAUAAAUUAACGGUUUGUUAUUUUUAAAUAUGCUGUGCAGGCAGGUAUUUUUCAUUUUCGUAGACGCUUUUAUUUGAAUCGAACUGCAUCAGGACACGUUCCAUUGCUCAACUUCUUAACAGUUGGAAUACAGGAUAUGGCUGUGGUCCAUUUCUAAAGGAAUCCAGGAAUGUUGUCCGUGAGAGAACACCUCCCCGACGCGCUCCUCGUCACGUGAUCCGGGAUAACAGAAAGGAUUCGAAGUUGGCGAUCGACAGCGACGGAGAGUUCGCGCAGCUGAGACAUCGGCGAGACUCCUGACUUUUCGAUCGACCGGUGUUUUGGGAGACAUAUUCAAGAUGGCCAGUGACAGUGGAGCCCUGCUGCCAGUAUGGGUCCUGCUGCUGUCAACAUUGUCUGUCCACAUGGAGACCCUGAACCCCUCUCUAGCAAGCUACAAUGAGGUUCUGAAACAUGGAGACCUGGAGCCCAGCAACACUGGUAGCUUGGAUCAUACAAUAGACAACAUAAUUCAAGGUCUAAUAUCACCAGAGGAAGACACAAUUGCAGCACCCAGCAAGCCCUGCCCUGGAAAUCAGAUUGUGCUUGAUACAACAUCUGAAUGUGGCUGUCCCCAGGACCUGAUCCUACAAGAAGGAAACUGUACCUGUCGCCCUGGCUUUGUGCUUCAGGGCACACUGCUUCUGUGCCAAGAUGUUGAUGAGUGCAAGUCAGAGAAAAUUCCCUGCGGAAUCCAUGGCAGCUGUGUGAAUACUGUAGGCUCAUUCCAUUGCAAGUGCCAGAGAGGAUUUCUGAUGGGAGCAGCUGGCUGUGAAGAUGUGGACGAGUGUCAACUGGCCCAGGUGACGGGACUGCAGGCCUGCUCUGAGCAUGCAAGCUGCUUGAACACCUUGGGUUCUUUUUCCUGCACUUGUGAGCCUGGCUUUGUGCUGGCACUGGAUGGCAAGUCAUGUGUAGAUGUCGAUGAGUGCUCCUUUGAAGACCGUUGUCGCCGGGAAUUGGGGAACAUCUGCGUCAACACGCUCGGCAGCUAUGCCUGCAACUGCCACACUGGAUUCAGAGCUGAAAAGCUAGCAUGUUUGGAUGAUCCCUGCUUGGACUACAUAAUAUGCCAAGAUGUGGACGAGUGUGCAGAAACUCCAGGUCUUUGUGAUGGCAUUGGAGUUUGUGAAAACGCAUUAGGCAGCUAUCGAUGUGUGUGUCAGCUAGGGUAUCGAGGCAAUGGAACACAUUGUGAAGAUGAGAAUGAAUGUGCCUCUGGGAAACAUGGAUGUGAUACCAAUGCUCGAUGUGGCAAUAUCAUUGGGUCAUAUUUUUGCCAGUGCUACCAGGGAUUCAAUGGUGAUGGGCAUUCCUGCUAUGAUGUUGACGAGUGCUCUUUGAAUAAUGGGGGCUGCCAGCACAUUUGUUUCAACAUACCUGGGACAUACCAGUGCUCCUGCAGAGAUGGUUAUCAGUUGAUGGAUGACACUAUGAAUUGCACAGAUAUCGAUGAAUGCACACUUUUCAAUGGGACAUGUGAUCAGACUUGCUCCAACACAGAGGGAUCAUUCCUGUGCUCCUGCCAAACUGGUUUUCAGCUUCAUGUGGAUAAUCGACAGUGUGUUGAUAUUGAUGAGUGCAAACUGCAGAAUGGUGGCUGCUCCCAUGGAUGUACCAACAGACUGGGAGGAUACAGCUGCGAGUGUCCUACACUACUGGUGCUUGAUAUGGACAACAGGACCUGCGUCAACAUUACCUCCUGUGAACUGAGGAAUGGUGGCUGUUCCCACAUCUGUACUGAGCGAGUUGCAGGAGAGGUGGAAUGCAGCUGCAGAGCAGGCUGGGAGUUGAGUGACAACCAGCUAGUAUGUCAAGAUGUGGAUGAGUGUGGUGACUUCACUAAUGGAGGUUGUGAACAGCAAUGUGUGAACCACCCUGGGAGCUUUAACUGCAGCUGUAAUAAAGGAUAUGAAGUCCGGCUGGAUGACCCAAGCAAAUGUCAACCUGUAUGUGAUCCUCCAUGUCAAAACUAUGGAGUGUGUGUCGCUCCUAACACCUGUGACUGUCCGGCUGGUUACCCAGGACCAGGCUGCUCUGCGUCCUGCUCUCCUCCUUGUGCACAUGGAGGCACAUGCAUGCGGUGGAACACUUGUCUUUGCCCACCUGGCUGGACAGGUCCUGGCUGCCACAAUGCGAUCUGUGAACUUCCUUGUGCCAAUGGAGGCCGCUGCAUUGCUCCAGACACCUGCCAGUGUCCAUCUGACUACACUGGGCCACAGUGCCUGACACCCAUGUGCACCCCACCUUGCCUAAAUGGAGGUCAGUGCAUUGACGUGAACAAGUGUAUCUGUCCUAAAGGCUGGCAAGGAGCCCGCUGCCAAACAGAGCCUGUCCUGUGUGAGAAGAAGUGCAAGAAUGGAGGUGUCUGCAUGGGCUACAAUAGGUGCCUUUGUGAAAGUGGAUUUACAGGAGAUCUGUGCGAAACAGCUGUAAUAGAGCCCUGUAUCCCUCCCUGUCAGCAUGGAGCCACCUGCCAGCAGUUCAACAGAUGCCAAUGUCCCAAAGGAACUACAGGACACCGUUGUGAGAGGCUCACCUGCCCUAUUGUAACCACCACUGUUAGUACAGCCCGUGCAGUGCGUCAUGGCGUGAGAGAGAGUUAUGUAGAGCGGUGUGGUCCCCUCGGAGUCCGAUUAUGCACCAAGUACAGAAUCAAUCAGGCUCGUGUGUAUGUGCAAGCAUACAAGGUAGGCUAAAAAAUCCAUUGUCCGCAGUAAUCCUGUGAAGGGUCCUGCAUGGCACGUUUUCCAUGGUUCUCUCGUGGAUGGACUAUAUGCUGUCUUUACAAGUCAAAACUUCUUCAAAAUAUCAACCGUCAAGAGAAAGCAUUCUGCUGGGCAAAUGCUGAACAAGUUGCCAUUCAACUUGAAGACAGCCAGGCUACAUCCUACUUUCUCUACUGCUCAGUCUCCAGAGGUUACAUCUUUUACAGGGUGGUCCAGAUCUAAUUAUGCAACUCUUAAUGCAAUGCAGAAAAACAAUACAACUUCGGUUGAUUGGCGCUACCAGUCCAGUCAAACAUUUCGUUGAUUUGGGAGAUCGUGUUCCUAUGCACUGCAGGCAGUCCAAAUUCUUCCAACAUCCUGCAUUGCAUGUUGUUAUAGCGUAAUGAAAAUUGCAUUAGAUCUGGACCACCUUAUAGAAUCCCUCCUUAAGAUUUUUAUCAUGAUAAAUCUUCUUCUUUAAAAGUCUGUUAAGACACUGAACAUGCAUCUUAGAUAUUGGGCUAAUUUAAUUUUCAAUUCAGCUACGUUUUAGUCAAGCAGAUGUGGUUUUUUUUUCAUACACCUGCUUUGCCCAGUAGUGACUGUUGUAUUUCCUUUACACUGAUUUGUAACGCACCAUGUUUUAUUUAUCUACGACAUUGUUUUGAUAUUGUAUUUUCUAAUAUUUAUAUCUUAUCUUACUUGACAAAUGCUAGCAAUCAUGCCUUGAAAUAAAUGGUACUGCUGCUACUGUAAAAGACAAUUUUAAUUAAUGUGUUGUUUCUGACCACUGAUGCUAUGUGGCACCCUUGAUGAGAUGGCUGGCUACACUACUCAUGUUCUAUGGCUGUGCCUCUUGCUUUGCAUGAAUAUUUCCUCAAACAUACCUGAGUACACGUGUAACGGACACCAAAAGACUGCCUCCAGAUAUGUAUGUGUGUAAUAAACAAUUUCAUAAUCUGUGAUUUUUUGAUAAAAUAAACAUAUAAAUCA